GAGUGGCAAGUUGGACUGGGCUGUCCAUAAUACUCAUGGACAUAGGAAUGCGAUCGAUGCGAAUCCAGUGACCGAAGAACCUGCUGUGUCCAUUGAAGUCGACCUUUAUGAGAAUAUGCCAGGCACCCUGGAGCAGAUCAAGGAUAAAAUAAAUCCGAAUAACGCGAGCGAGGAACGUGUGGCGUCUAUUGAGGGCGGCCUGGCCAAGAACAUGUCAAACACCGUGGAGCAGACCCCUGACAAUGGGAUCAAGCUGGAUAACGCGAACGAGAACCCUGCGGUGUCCAUUGAAGGGCGCCUUAUUAAGAUGUCAGAUACGCUGGGGCAGAUUCUCGAUGUCCUCAAAGGGUCAACGAUCGCAGAAGAACUCGGAAAAGAUGACAAUUCAAAGUUUUGGGCGACGUACAAGAAAGUUUCGACCGAGUACGACGAUAACUUCCUCGAACGGGCCAAUGACGAUAUGGGCAUUAUUCUAACAUUUGCUGGUCUAUUCUCAGCUGUUAACUCCACCUUCAUCGUUGGGAUGCAGCCUAAUCCAGGGGACACUACCAAUGCCCUCCUCCUGUAUCUCAUCCAGAUAACUGUUAAUGGCCCGAAUUCAGUACCUAACAUCAACACUCUUUCCUCAUCUACUGGAUUUUCCUCUUCGACUGUCUGGGUGCAAACACUUGCCUAUUCUAGCCUCGCAUUUAGCGUCUUGGCUGCGUUCGGGGCUGUCUUGGGCAAACAAUGGCUGAACUCUUACAAGUCAGUUCGAGGACGAGGGACUCUGGAGGAGCGUGGCAUGCAGAGGCAGAGAAAACUGGAUGGACUAGAAUAUUUCCGCCUGCAGACUGUCUUGCAGGCAUUCCUGGUGCUGCUCCAGAU